AUCGAGUUGGCUGCCAUAUUGUUUGGGUUUGGAGGAGUAUUUUCGGGGAAAUUCACCGUGGAUUUUGUAGACUUUCUUCCCCCGCGUGGUCCAUGAUUAGUAAUGGCAAAGCCGAAAUCAGAACAAGUGCUAAAGCUUGAACCAGCUUCAGAACUACGCUUUCGGGGAAAUUUCAGAGAAGUUGCCACAGUAAACCUUAAACUUAUAAACCCUUCCGAAAAGAAAGUAUGUUUCAAGGUGAAAACUACAGCUCCAAAGCGAUACUGUGUUCGCCCGAACAGUGGAUUUGUUGAAGCUGGUGGGGUGGUGGAAGUGGCCGUGAUGCUACAGCCAUUUGAUUAUGACCAGAAGGAAAAAAGCAAACACAAGUUCAUGGUACAGACAAUGUUUGCUCCUGAUGGAGAUGUGGAUCAUGAAACUUUGUGGAAAGAAGCUGACCAGAGUCAAUUUAUGGAUUCUAAACUGAAAUGUGUGUUUGAUUAUGUGGAUGAUGGUGAGGGAAAUACAGAGACUUCUGCAGGAGGAAAUGAAAAUGAAGUUGCAAACAAAGACCAGCUCAAGGUUCACAAAACAGAGUCUGUGACUGGGUUCGAGAGUCCAACUCCUAGUUCUUCUAACAAUGAAGUUAGUCUUCAUCAGGAGCAAGGAGUGGAGGUUACAACAUCAUCAAGAUCAUUGCAGCAGGGUGUGGAUGAAGGAAGAGGCUAUAGUGAUGAAUUAGAAAAGCUGAGAAAAGAAAACAGUGAUCUAAGGGCGGAAGUGGAUCAAGUUCGAUACAGGAAGAAUGUGGCUCCUCAGUCUUCCUCAACAACACAGGGUUCAUCGCCCAAGGUAUCUACAGUCUCUGCACAGGAUGCCAGCGUCAAUCUACCGCCAACGGUUAUUGCCUACAUUAUUCUUGCUUUGAUAUUCGGUGUCGUCAUUGGCAAAUUUGUUCUGUAGGAGACAGUGGGUCUCGGAGAUGUUUUAACGUGAUAAACCGUGAUGGACAGAAAAAAGACUUACAAUCGUGAAACAGAUUUCAUGUGUUUAAAUAUACAGCGAACACUGUUACGCACAAUAUUUUACUUUUAAGAGUCUAAGUAGUAAAUUAAGUCGUGUUGGACGAAACAUCUGAUCAAGAAUCACUUUUUUCGCUUUCUUAAAUUCUCACAAUUUGAUCCCAGUCUCUCUUAUACUCUUUGAAGGCAUUCAAUGGCUGCCGAAAUUGUGAGUAAAGAGUAUAGAAUUUAAGAAUAUCUGGUCUCGAUUUUAUCUUAUUUUGAAAGGAUAGUCAGUGUUGCCUGAGUACACACAGGGAAAGCCACUGAUCGAUCAUAACAGAGAGGGGUAUCUUUUGAUGCUUGAUUAAAUGGAUUGUGUCAUGCCA